AUGGCGGAAGAGUCUGGUGUAGGGAGUAGUUCGAACUCGAUAGCUACUCCUGGAGCUUCAGGACCCUCUACACCGCAGCCUCCGUCGAAGGUCCAACAGCCCAAGCCGCAGGCGCUUCCCAACCGAUCUGGACCAUCAGCCAUACUCGUUUCAACAAGGCAGAAGGGCAAUCCCAUUUUGAAUCAUAUCAAGCUACUGCCAUGGGAAUAUGCAGAUAUACCCGCGGACUACGUGAUCGGGAACACGACAUGUGCUUUGUUCCUGUCGCUAAAGUACCACCGCUUACAUCCCGAAUACAUAUACUCCCGGAUCCGACUUGUAUCAGGCAAAUAUCUGCUCCGGAUUGUAUUGAUUAUUGUUGAUAUCCCAAACCACGAAGAUAGUCUGAAGGAACUCUCCAAGACGUCCGUCAUCAAUAACCUCACGCUGAUUCUUUGCUGGUCCGCGCCCGAAGCCGCCCAUUAUCUGGAACUGUUCAAGUCAUCUGAGAAUUCCCAGCCAACUGCCAUCCGCACACAACAGGCUCAGUCGUAUAAGGAGUCCCUUGUCGAGUUUGUCACGACGCCCCGAAGCAUCAACAAGUCUGAUACGGCAAGUUUGUUGUCGACCUUUGGGAGCUUGCAGAACGCAAUAAAUGCCCAGCCGGACCAGAUCAGUGCAGUACCCGGAUGGGGGGAGAAGAAGGUCAAGCAGUGGUGUGGCACUUUGGCGGGAGCCCAAGGAAUAGUAUCCGCUGCGGAUCGCAGCAGGGAAUUAACCCCACCCGAAACCUAUGAGAAGGAUGACGAAGACCCGAUUUCAGCAGAGGCAGAAAACCGUCGUCUGGACUUAUCGAGUCAAGCCGUUGAAGAUCCACGGCCACAGGAGUUAGGUCAAGAGGAGCAACUAAGCGAAGGUAUCAUGGCGGCGCUGGCAAAAUAUCGAGAGAAUGGUAGUUGA